UCCGCGGAAGGGGCGGGGCUGAAAGGCGCGCGUUGWGCUUCUUGCACUGUUUGCCGCGGUCGCCUUCAGCAUGGAGGAAAUUUAUGCCAAGUUUGUGUCUCAGAAAAUCAGCAAAACCCGCUGGCGACCAGUGCCUCCGGGAAGCCUGCAGACCGCAGAGACCUUCGCUACCGGUUCUUGGGACAAUGAGGAAAAUUUUGUUUCAUUGUGGUCUAUUGGAGAUUUCGGGAAUUUGGACUCUGAUGGAGGAUUUGAAGGAGACCAUCAAUUAUUGUGUGAUAUCAAACACCAUGGUGAUGUCAUGGAUUUACAGUUUUUUGACCAGGAAAGAAUUGUAGCUGCUUCAUCAACAGGAUGUGUAACAGUUUUUCUCCAUCAUCCAAAUAACCAGACUCUGUCAGUCAACCAGCAGUGGACAGCAGCCCACUACCACACAGGGCCCGGCAGUCCUUCUUAUAGCAGUGCCCCAUGUACAGGCAUUGUGUGUGACAACCCAGAAAUUGUCACAGUUGGAGAGGAUGGUCGAAUAAAUCUCUUCAGGGUCGAUCACAAGGAAGCUGUAAGAACAAUAGACAAUGCAGAUAGCAGUACACUCCAUGCUGUAACCUUCCUUCGAACUCCUGAGAUACUUACAGUAAAUUCAAUUGGACAGUUAAAAAUAUGGGACUUCAGACAACAAGGAAAUGAACCUUCUCAGAUAUUAUCAUUGACUGGUGAUCGAGUGCCACUUCACUGUGUUGACAGACAUCCCAACCAGCAGCAUGUUGUAGCUACUGGUGGCCAGGAUGGAAUGCUGAGUAUUUGGGAUGUUAGACAAGGUACUAUGCCUGUAUCUCUGCUGAAGGCUCAUGAGGCUGAAAUGUGGGAAGUUCAUUUUCACCCAUCCAAUCCAGAUCAUCUAUUUACUUGUUCUGAAGAUGGAUCCUUAUGGCACUGGGAUGCCUCCACAGAUGUGCCUGAAAAGUCCUCACUCUUUCACCAAGGAGGAAGAACCAGUACUUUUUUGACUCAUAGCAUUAGUAACCAGGCUAACGUUCACCAAUCUCUUAUAAGUUCCUGGCUCAGCACUGAUCCUGCGAAAGACCGUAUUGAAAUCACAAGCUUGCUUCCCAGCAGGACUCUGUCUGUGAACAGUUUGGAUGUUUUAGGUCCUUGUCUUGUUUGUGGAACUGAUGCAGAAGCAAUAUAUGUUACCAGACAACUGUUUUCAUGAAAAUACUGGGAWUAUAAUAUUUCAAGUUAAAUAUAUAGUUAGCCCUUUGAAUUACAACUUCUGUGCAAAACUUUAUUAUUGAAAAAUGUGAUAUUUACAGGGGUCCUAUCAGUAAACUAUUGUUAAUAUCAAUGCCCAAUUUGGGCAUUUGUUACUUGGGUAUUCCCGCAACAGUUACAGAAUCUGAUAGAUUGCUGAUGGCA